AUGCCAGAGGACAAAUGUAAAAAGACCUGGAAGAAUCUCAGGGACAGGUAUAUAAAGGAGAGGAAGAAAGUCAGGGAGAAGAAGAGUGGUGCAGGGGCAGAACAUAAAACAACCUGGAAGUUCUUCCUGAUCAUGAGCUUCCUGGAGCCUUAUGUUAGGGAGAGGGCCACCUCCUCCAAUAUGUCCCCACCCUCAGAAAGUAGACCCUCCAGUCCCCAGGCCACCUCAGCUCCUUUGCCAGCAUCAUCAGAUGGUACCCCUUCUGAUGAACCUUUCAGUCUUUAUUUGACUGAAGUGCUCCCCACCACCCAGACUACCUCUUCACCUCUGGCUGAGUUGGCACCUGAGCCUUUAUUUCUGGCCCCUGCUGCAUCCCAGAAGCCUGGCCCAUCCCCCUGCACCCCAAGGGCUUCCACAGCACCCUCUAUUUUGGGGUCAAGGCAAAGAAUGAAAAGGAAGAGGGAUGAGUUUGAGGACAAACUUUUGAAAGCUAUUGAACAGCCCACAGAUGAGGACGAGCUAUUUCUCUUAAGCCUAGCCCCUCGUUUGAGAAACCUGCCAAAACGUGAUUUAGAUGUCCUGAAAAGUACUUCACCGACAAACAGUCUGGAGAGGGCACGGUAUCGCAGAAGAUGGGACCUCAGAAUACUGGGCCUGACAGAGAAAGAAAAUGAGAAUACAUGCGAAAUUGGCAUUCUAACAAGAGUGGUUCCUGUGUCAGUGGAAAAAUUGCAGCUCAUGGUUGAUACAGUACACCGACUGGGAAAAAAAGACAAUGCUGUGAACAAAAUGCCUAGACCAAUCAUCAUCCAGUUUAGCAUGAGGACGGCUAGGGACGAAGUAUGGAGGAAGUCCAAAGAGGCCAGGGUCUGCAAAGAACUGAACAUAAAAUUUAAAGAGGACUUCUCCAAAGAAGACCAUGAAGCUCAGAUCAAGCUGUGGCCCAAGGUACAGGAAGCUCGACACAACGGCAGAAGAGCAUUCCUGAAGGAGGGUUAUGCAAUAAUAAACGGCAAAAGAAUCAAUCCGUGA